AACGAGCCGGGAAAAAGGAUUCAGCCCUCCUCUCCUCUCCAUCUCUCAGUCCUCCUGAGAAGUGCUAUGUUGUUUUGUGUCAGAGCUGAAACUGGAAGCGCACUGCCGAUUUUAAUCCAUUCUCCACGAAGCUUCAACGUCUGCGCGCGCAAACUUACGUGAUGUUUGUUAACUUACACGUGGGCUUUAAUUUAUUAAGUUUAAUUGCCAUGGCUAAACGAUCACUUUUAUUUUUAUAUAUUUUCCAAGGACUACUCCCCCUCAGCUUUGGGCAGCAGCGCACGGUUGGCCCCUGGCGGCACCGGAUUCAAUGGGAGAACAACGGGCAGGUUUACAGUUUAAUGAGCACUGGGCUGGAGUACCAGGCUCCGUAUCGGUCCACCAGCCAGUCCAGGGUUUACGUGAGCAGUCGGAGGGAUGGUACUGGGAGCCAGAUGUCUGGAGCGCGCAGAAGAAUGACGCUUGUGAGAACCGGACCAAAUGACUCCAGACAGUUCAGGACUGAUAACAGUGCACAGUCGGGACUUCUCACACCUGGAUACGAUGUUAGACCGUAUGCGCCCGUGAAUCGUCAUGCGUCAGGGUUCAGACAGCGACUUGAACGCCCUACAGCAGCAGUUGUAAGACAUCCAGGCGCACGCCAUUUUAAUGGUGAAUUCAUCAGAACCACGAACGCCUCUUCACCGGGGAGUUCAACAGAUUCUUCUGGCGGUAAUGGAGGUUCUGUCACUGUGGAUAAUACCGCACUACAUACUAGAAUAGGUGAAUCCGGACCUGGUGCGCAAAACCAACAGUUACGCGCGGGGCCGGAGGUGACGCCUGUCUCCAGGCAACCUGCUCAGACUGAUCGCUUCAUCUCAGCACACCCGUCAGGUCUGGAAAAUGAGUCCGAGGCACCGGCUGUAUUUCCUGCACUUACUGAGGAAAACAGCAAUGGAGAGGACAUGGUCAAUGACGACCCUCGAAACCCGCUUAAAAACCACAGGAAUUCUGUUUUCUACAACAUGUAUCCGACCAGAGGGAGGUCAGCGGCCCGCACCCUCCGUCCGCCUGGCACAGGGUACGGCACAGGAUAUUUCCAAAACGGACUGCCAGACCUUGUGCCAGACCCAUAUGCCAUCCAAGCAGGUACCUAUGUCCAGCGCAUGCAGAUGUACGCGCUUCGCUGUGCGGCUGAGGAGAACUGUCUGGCCAGAUCGGCUUAUGGACCCACUGUGCGAGACAUCAACUUCAGAGUCCUCCUGCGGUUUCCACAGAAAGUGAAGAACCAAGGCACCGCUGACUUCCUCCCUUUCAAGCCCAGAUAUCAGUGGGACUGGCACAGCUGUCACCAACACUACCACAGCAUGGACGCCUUCAGCAACUACGAUCUGCUGGAUGUUAUCACAGGACGUAAAGUGGCAGAGGGACACAAGGCCAGUUUCUGUCUGGAGGACACGAACUGUGAUCCUGGAUUCAGGCGACGCUACGCCUGUACAGCUCAUACGCAGGGUCUGAGCCCAGGUUGCCAUGACAUCUACGCUGCCAACAUCGACUGUCAGUGGAUUGACAUCACUGAUGUGCCUCCAGGAAACUACAUCUUGAAGGUUACAGUCAAUCCCAAUUUCCACAUCCUGGAGUCAGACUUCAACAACAACGUAGUGAGAUGUGAUAUUACUUACACAGGCGUUUAUGUUCAGACACGCAACUGUCGAAUAACGAGGGGUUGAAAUAUUAAUUUUUCUGGAAACCUGCAGAAGUUUGGCAGUAAGACCCCGUCUGUACUGCACAGGCUCAACAACAUCAGUGAAAAAAGGUUUAUGCAGUUGGUAAAAUGUUGUAUUGUAAUGGUGAGCUGCAUUCCUGCUAUGAAGUCUUGGGGUUGCAUUUAUUCAGAAUAAAUGCAAAAUUAGUUUACACAAACUUUGUAUAUGGAACUAGUGAUGUCAUCAGAAUUACUUGAUUGUGUAGUUCUAGAAAUGUGCUACGAUUGGUUACAAAUUAUGUUUUGGUUUGUUUUUCUUAACAAAUACAAGUACUGUUCGUAGACACGUUUCUUCCUUUAAGUGCUACUUACUCGCUUGAAAUGUGUGUAUUGUUUGUCAUUUGAUGUCGUUGUUAAUGUUUUUUUCUGAUUUUUGUUACUAUUAUGUGCACAUUAUUAACAUCUAGAGUUUUAUUUAACCUUAUAACAUCCACUCUUUUGGGGAAACUCUUUUAGGGAUAAGGUUUAAUGUUGCUCAUUGUCAGCUCCAUAAUUUGUUCUUCCUCUCUACUAGAGGAGUUUUGUGUGAUUACCAGUUCAAAACAAGGUCCCCUGGUUUUCAGCAGUGAUUGGCUGCCCUUCCUUAAACAUCACGUUGGAUCGGGCUGGUCUGCUCACACCCAGAGCCUGAUAUAUUAGCGCGACCAUAUUAGGGGAAAAAAGCUGACCACGCAUUUAGAGCAGUCUGAUGCCUGAUCUUGUGGAUCACAGGGAGUACAGUACUUCCACAUACAGUGACAUUAUUAUUUGAAACUUUGAUCAUAUGAAUAUCAACCCCUUUAAAACUGUACAUGAGAUAUGAUCAAAUGCUCUGCAAAUCAGGCUUGAAAAACCAUGGCAACCAAAACACUAAAGUUGACGCUUCAGAGCCAACAGGCAAAGUAGUGAUGUUUUAUAACGUCUGUCGUCGUCCUGUAGACAACUUAGGAUGUUACUGUAGAACUCCAUGUUGAUAGUCUGGUCAUGACGGGUGAAUUCAUGGAACACCCUCCAAACCCCCUCCAAAAACUCCUCGUCACACUCCUGACCUGAAGUGUCGCCAUCGGGCUUGGAAACUUAGGAUGCUUCAACUGAAAACUGCUGGGUCAUAGCUGGAGGUCCAAUUCUAAUUACCAGCAAGUACCACCAAGGAAGUCGGUCUUCAAUUUAAAAUUAAAUCAGGUAUGUUUUUGUGUUUGUUUGUUUUGUUAUUUUAGGAUAGUGUUCCUGGAGCUUUUUGACCAUACCUUGUAUAUAAGAAAAAAUAAGAAAAAGGUUAGCUCCUCUUAUAAUAGAGGAGCUACAUUAGUUAUAAUAGAAGGUCCAAACACAUGUAUGAAACCACAUCUUAAAGGUUACUGAUAGAAUCUGAAACCUGCUUAUUAGCCUGUGGCUCAGAGACAACCUAAACAUAACCCUAAACAGAUCACCAUCCAAUCUGGUGGAUGUUAAGAGGUUUUUACAUAAAAGAUAUUCUAGAUCGUCGCUACUGUCAACAAUUCUCAUGGAAAAACAUCUAAACCAAAACUGAGAAGAAGAUCCACAACACAUGGUGGAAGGUUUUACAAAGACAAAGAGAAGUUGUAUUCUCCAAUAGGUCACUACAAAACACCCCAUGGGUUAAAGCAGCCCAUUUUUAGUCCCAGGACUGAGCUCUUACUGGGUGACUAUUGUGUAGUGUGAUCCUGGCCUUCUAUAGGAUCACACUGCAUAUGUAUAAUAUAUGUGGCUUUAAAAAAAAAACAUAAUUUUCUAAAACUGCAGCACACUAAGUAAGCGAACACUACUCAAACAGCAGUAUUUAUGGCAGCGGAUAGUGACUCCAGUAAAAAUAAACCACAGCAUCCAUGUUGAUGAUAAAAGAAGAAAUAAGUCAGCCGGUUAAAGAGUGUGACUCAGAAUAUUUUUCAGUGGAGCUCUUGGGAGCAGAUGAAUAACAUGCAUCAGGUUUUGAAUAAACACAGACAAAGCCUAGUAGAAAUCCUUCAUUUUGAUCUUUUCAGGGGAUCUGUUGACAACAGGAAACAAACAAAACCACAUCCAGCUCAUCCUUUAACUUGGACAUAUUAGAAAACUGCAAAUACUCGUUUUAUGUUAAAUUGUCAAGGAUGUAUGUUAUGAGUAUGUUUCUACAAGUGUGUGUUAGUGUAUAACUGAGUGAAUGGAAAUGUUCACAUGAUAAAACAGUGUUGAAAAUAUAGUCUGAUGUGUUGAUGCAUUACAUUACAAAUCAAAGUUUCAUGUUAGAAAAUGCCAAAAUAUGUUUGGAUUUUUUUUCAAGAUUGUCUGUUGAUUUACUAUAUGAAAAGUAGUAUAAAUUAUACUUUUGACAGUUUCAGAUCUUACAUCACAGUUGGACAACAGCUGUGAUGUAAGAUCUGAGAUAACUCAUAAGCACACUGCAGGAUUAAAGCAGUUUCUAUCCUCAGUGUGUGGCCUCAGAGACAAACAGGCCUGCAGGCAGACGCUGGCGGCAUGUUUGCUGACAGACCUCUGUGAAGACACAAGAUCUUCUGCAUCCUUGCCAUAUCUACUAAAACACAGUCAGAGCAUGAUGAAUGGAGGCCUUUUCCAAUUCUCUUCUUCGAUGCAUAUUUUAAAAAAGGGUUGUAAAAUCCUUCUUGGCUCAGAAUUCACCACAUUUUGGUUUGACUCACAUGCACGGGGGCUUGUCCGGGAUGAGGUGUUUUUAAUAGCUCUGGGAUAUUUUGUCUGAGUGGGAGGAUUGACACAUCACGCCAGGGAGGAUGUCCAGCGUGUUGCUGAACUUUUUUUUUUUUUUCUAAAGGCAACUGUGUUUUUGCAGCAAGCAGUAGACGGUUUCAAACAGCAAUGAGUGACGGAAGAAAAAAAAAGCAAACCUGCUCCAAUCACGUUCGCUUUGAGUGGAUGAUGGUUUGUCUGAUUCAAAGAUGUUUUUACUUACUCGUGCAGGUUUUGUACAUUAUGAAGUGGUUUUGAGUGAUGCACUGGAAAACAGGCCCCAGACAAUGUAUGCGCCGUUAAAUGCACAGAUGUUGGGUAUUUGCAACGGAACAGAGCUCAGCCUCGGCUUAAAAAAGAAGCGAACCGGGGAGAUUAGACACAAUUGAAAUG